GUGGUGACGAGCCGGAAGCCACGCAGGGCCACGUCUGCGGUUGCGAGGGCCGGCCCUGGGUGCCUACGUUGCCGCUUGAGCGCUUCUUCGCUUCGUGGAGGUGAAGGGGGCUUCCUGACUGAGAUAUGGAUUUAGGUGCCGUUACAAAAUACUCAGCAUUACAUGCCAAGCCCAGUGGACUGAUUCUUCAAUAUGGGACUGCUGGAUUUCGAACAAAGGCAGAACAUCUUGAUCAUGUCAUGUUUCGCAUGGGAUUAUUAGCUGCUCUGAGGUCCAAACAGACAAAAUCCACUAUAGGAGUCAUGGUAACAGCAUCCCACAAUCCUGAGGAGGACAAUGGUGUAAAAUUGGUUGAUCCUUUGGGUGAAAUGUUGGCACCAUCCUGGGAGGAACAUGCCACCUGUUUAGCAAACGCUGAGGAACAAGAUAUGCAGAGAGUGCUUAUUGACAUCAGCGAGAAAGAAGCUGUGAAUCUGCAACAAGAUGCCUUUGUAGUUGUUGGUAGAGACACCAGGCCCAGCAGUGAGAAACUUUCACAAUCCGUAAUAGAUGGUGUGACUGUUCUAGGAGGUGAAUUCCAUGAUUAUGGCUUGUUAACAACACCCCAGUUGCACUACAUGGUGUAUUGUCGAAACACGGGUAGCCGAUAUGGAAAGGCAACCUUAGAAGGUUACUACCAGAAACUCUCUAAGGCUUUCAUGGAACUCAUCAAACAGGCUUCCUGCAGUGGAGAUGAAUACAGAUCACUUAAGGUCGACUGUGCAAAUGGCAUAGGGGCCCUGAAGCUAAGGGAAAUGGAACACUACUUCUCACAGGGCCUGUCAGUUCAGCUGUUUAAUGAUGGGUCUAAGGGAAAACUCAAUCAUUUAUGUGGAGCUGACUUUGUGAAAAGUCAUCAAAAACCUCCACAGGGAAUGGAAAUUAAGUCCAAUGAAAGAUGCUGUUCUUUUGAUGGAGAUGCAGACAGAAUUGUUUAUUACUACCAUGAUGCAGAUGGCCAUUUUCAUCUCAUAGAUGGAGACAAGAUAGCAACGUUAAUUAGCAGUUUCCUUAAAGAGCUCCUGGUGGAGAUUGGAGAAAGUUUGAAUAUUGGUGUUGUACAAACUGCAUACGCAAAUGGAAGUUCAACACGGUAUCUUGAAGAAGUUAUGAAGGUACCUGUCUAUUGCACUAAGACUGGUGUAAAACAUUUGCACCACAAGGCUCAAGAGUUUGACAUUGGAGUUUAUUUUGAAGCAAACGGGCAUGGCACUGCAUUGUUUAGUACAGCUGUUGAAAUGAAGAUAAAACAAUCAGAACAACUGGAGGAAAAGAAAAGAAAAGCUGCUAAGAUGCUUGAAAACAUUAUUGACUUGUUUAACCAGGCAGCUGGUGAUGCGAUUUCUGACAUGCUGGUGAUUGAGGCAAUCUUGGCUCUGAAGGGCUUGACUGUACAACAGUGGGAUGCUCUUUAUACAGAUCUUCCAAACAGACAACUUAAAGUUCAGGUUGCAGACAGAAGAGUUAUUAGCACUACCAAUGCUGAAAGACAAGCAGUUACACCCCCAGGAUUACAGGAGACAAUCAAUGACCUGGUGAAGAAGUACAAGCUUUCCCGAGCUUUUGUCCGGCCUUCUGGUACAGAAGAUGUCGUCCGAGUAUAUGCAGAAGCAGACUCACAAGAAAGUGCAGAUCACCUUGCAUGUGAAGUGAGCUUGGCAGUAUUUCAGCUGGCUGGAGGAAUUGGAGAAAGACCCCAACCAGAGUUCAAAAUUGGUCAUAGUGCAGCAGAGACAACAUGCAACAUCAACAAUGCAUUUGGCCUAGGAACUGCUAACAGACAUACAGUUCUGAUACAAUGUAGUGAUAGUUCAAGAAGUUUUGCAAAGGAGACUAGAGCCUUGAAGAUGACGAGCACAGUGGCCAUCCAUCAGCAAUUGACAAUGAUCAAUUGAGAGCAAUCAAAGCUGAUCAUCUUACAAGAGUUGUGCAAGAACUCAACACUGAUCAUUUUAUGGUCGUUCAGCAUUUGAAGCAAAUUGGAAAGGCGAAAAAGCUCAGUAAGUGGGUGCCUCCUGAGCUGAGUGAAAAAUAAAAAAUCCGUUUUGAAGUGUCAUCCUCUCUAUUCUGUGCAACAAUAAAUUAUUUCGUGACUGGACGUGACCUGCGACAAAAGGUGGAUUUUAUACAACUGACAAUGACCAGCUCAGCGGUUGGACUGAGAAGCUCUAAAGCACUGCCCAAAGCUCAACUUGCACCAAAAAAUGGUCAUGGUCAUUGUUUAGUGGUCUGCUGUCCACUACAGCUUUCUGAAUCCAAGUCAAACCAUUACAUCUGAUGAGUAUGCUCAGCAAAUCAGUAAGAUGCAACAAAAACUGCAAUGCCUGCAGCCAGCAUUGGCCAACAGAAAUUCUUUUCCAUGACAGUGCUGGAGCACAUAUCACACAACCAAUACUUCAAAAGUUGAACUAAUUGGGCUACAAAGUUUUGCCUUAUCUGUUAUAUUCAUCUGACCUUUUGCCAACCAACUACCACUUCUUCAGGCACCUCAACAGCUUUCUGCAGGGAAAAUGCUUCCCUAACUAGGAGGAUGCAGUAAAUGCAUUCUAAGAAUUCGUCAAAUUUGGAAGCAUGGACUUUUAUGCUAUAGAAACAAACUUCUCGUUGGCAAAAAUGUGUUGAUUGUAAUGGUUCCUAUUUUGAUUAAUAAAGAUUUGUUUGAACCUAGUUAUAAUGAUUUAAAAUUCAAGGUCCCAAACCGCAGUUACUUUUGGACCAAACUAAAGAUUUACGUUAAAAUGGAAGAAUCCAGGAGUGAACCAAGAAAAGAUCACCUACUUUAUCUGUUUCUGGUCAAAAACCAUAAAACUCAAUAGCUAUCAC